AUGCCCUAUAUAAACCCAGCACCCUCCUCUCUCGAUCCCCCUAAAACCCUAAGCUCAAACCCACCCGUAGCUCACGCCCUCGCCGAACGCAUCUCGCCGCCGCCGCCUUGGUUCGCCGCCGUUUCUGCCACCGGUGAGCACCCCCUUCCCAUUCAAGCUACUUCACCCGAACACCUCCACUUCGUGCCGCACCUCCUUGACAUCAUCUCCCUGCCCAGGAGCCCCGAAGCCGUCGCCCCUGAUCUCGUUCGCCGCCCGCCGGAGCUGCAGAGCACCGGGCUCUGCACCGCCUCGUCCCCGCCGCUCCAGUCGCCCCCGAGCUCCGCCGAGACCACCAUCGACCUCGCCACGCUCCGCCGCAUCACCCCGACGUCGCCGCCGCCGCCCAGGAUCACCGGAGCAGCCGCGCCGUCCACGCCCGAGCCGCCGUUGACCGUCGCCGUCGUCGCCACACUGUAA